AUGGCCCGUACGCUCCCACUUUCCGGACGGGUUGCCAUUGUCACAGGCGCAGGCGGCGGCUUGGGACGGGAGUAUGCGCUCCUGUUGGCGUCUCGAGGGGCGAAAGUGGUGGUGAACGACUACGGUGGCUCUCUGGACGGGCAGAAAGGGGGGACAUCUCGUGCGCAGAAGGUCGUCGACGAGAUCCAGCAGGCGGGCGGGGAAGCGGUGGCCGACGGACAUGACGUGUCGCUCGACGCCGAGGUUCCUGAGAUUGUCGAGACGGCACAGCGUGCUUUUCAUCAGGGCAUCCACAUCCUCAUCAACAACGCCGGCACAGCCGGUCAGAUGAGUGAUGUUGGACGCGACUUCAAUGGCCCUUCCUUUCGUCGUACCUGGGAGAUCGCGGCGUACGGCACCAACCUGCUCAUCUCGGCCGUCUGGCCUCUGAUGGUGGAACAAGGGUACGGCCGCAUUGUCAACACUAGCUCCGACUCCAUCUACGGCUUUGGCGGUGGAGGCGAUGGCGGAUACGCCUCCUCCAAAGGCGCGGUGUUUGCUUUGACCAAGGAUCUAGGCAAGGCGAGCCUCAAGCACGGCAUCACCAUCAACGGCGUCCUGCCGUCUGCGGCUUCAAGAAUGUCCGACUUGUCACCGGUCAUCAAGCAGAUCACCUCGCAAUACUUCGAAGCUUCCCAAGUCGCCACAUUUGUAGGGGCUUUGGCGGACGAGCGCUGCGCCGUGUCGGGCGAACUGUUCAGUGUGGGUGGUGGCCGCGCCGCGCGAACGACACUGGCGACGUUUCCAGGCCACCGCAGCAAUAGUGUCGAGGGCUAUCUUGACAAUUUCGACAGCGUGAUGGGUUCGGCAGCGAAUGUUCACAUUCCUGCAGACUGCAUGGAUCAAGUUGCGUACGCCAUUUCACAAGCCACGGACAUCUCUGUAGACGAGGCGCGGAGAGCGACGGUGCUUAGAGAGUAG